AAACUAAAUUGAAUAAUUACCUCUUUAUUGAUAUUAAUUCAUAAUAAUUUUAUUUUUAUUUAGUAGUACUGUUGCAUAUUCAUCAUAUCAAUUUAAGAGCAAUUGUUAAUAAUGGUAAUUUAAUGAAUUAAUAUAUGAAAAUUUACAUUAAAAAUAUAAAUUAAAAAUGGCACGAAAUGCAGAAAAGGCUAUGACAACACUUGCUCGUUGGAGAGCAGCACAAAAUAAUGAAGGAAUAAGGAAAGAACAAGAACGAAGACCGUAUCUAGCUUCAGAAUGCAGAGACUUACGCAAGGCUGAAAAGUGGCGAACUCAAAUAAUUAGAGAAAUUGCAAAGAAAGUUGCCCAAAUUCAAAAUGCUGGUCUUGGAGAAUUCCGUAUUCGUGAUUUAAAUGACGAGAUUAAUAAAUUGCUUAGAGAAAAACGACAUUGGGAAACACAAAUAAAAGAGCUUGGGGGGCCUGAUUAUUCUAGAGUUGGACCUCGUAUGUUAGAUCAUGAAGGACGUGAGGUUCCUGGUAAUCGAGGUUAUAAAUAUUUCGGCGCUGCUAAAGAAUUACCAGGUGUUAGAGAAUUAUUUGAGCAAGAACCACCACCACCACCUCGAAAAACUCGUGCAGAAUUGAUGAAGGAUAUCGAUGCAGAUUAUUAUGGUUAUAUGGAUGAUGAUGAUGGGAUCCUGAUACCAUUGGAACAAAAAGCUGAACAAGAAGCAAGAGAAAAGUGUAUUAAGGAAUGGAUAUCUCAUGAAAAGGAACUGGAGAUUGAUAUUGAGACAACAGCACAGAAAGUGAUUCCUUCACAACAUGAUAUUCAAGAAGCUCUAUUGGAGAAAAAAAAAGAACUGCUGGAAAAAUAUGGACUAGAUUAAAAUGCAGGUUGAAAUUUUAUUUAAAAUAUGGAUUGAAGUAUUGAUUGCGAUAUUAACUAUUAAUAAAUUUAUUCUUAAUUUAAUUAUAUAUUAGAAUACAUUUUUAUAAAACGCGAUAAAUAUAAUUAUUAUUAAUUUAUAAGCAUAUAAUAACAUUGAUCAAGAUAAUUAGUUUGUGCAGUAAACAUUCAAAUUUGAAUGUUUGUUGAGAGAAAUAGGUGCCAUAGAUGAAAAUAUAGAUAAAAAGCCAAAGAUAAUCUGUUUAUAAUCUUCGCGAUAUCUGAUAUUUUUCUUCUUAUCAUCUUGUGUAAUAAAUAAAACUAUUCAAUAACAAAUCUAUUCAAUAACAAAAUAAAAUAACAGAGUAGAUAUAUUACACUAAAUUUUUCUUGUAAGAAAAUUUAAAUAUCUCCUUUCCAAUAAAUACUUUGCUGAAAUAUUGCGAAGAUAUUCUAGAU